UGUACACAUCGUUAUCCGGGUUGUAACAUCACGCAAUUGCUCACGACUUAUUGUUAUCGUCAGUCAUGGAGGACGUUCUGACUGAAGUCUGUUCCUCCGAGGACUUAAAGACAUUUGAAAAGAAGUACAAUGAUGAAGUGUGUAGAGGAGAAGUUACAAGCACAACCCAAUUUGAAUAUGCAUGUUUCUUAGUUCGAAGCAGAUAUCCAGCUGAUAUUCAGAGAGGUGUUGUUUUGCUAGAAGAAUUGUACAAAAGUCCUGAUGAAAGUGGAAAACGAGACUAUGUGUUUUACUUGGCUAUUGGAAAUGCACGAUUAAAGGAAUAUCAAAUUGCUUUGAAUUAUAUUAGAGGACUAUUACAAGUUGAACCGGCUAAUAGACAAGUGCUUGAACUUGAAACGUUGAUCAAGAAAAGAAUGGAAAAAGAUGCAAUCAAAGGGGCAGCAAUUGCAGGAGGAGCCAUUUUGGGUCUUGGGGCAUUGGCAGGAUUAGCUGUUGCACUUGCAAAGAAACACUGAUUUGUCUUUCAUUUACACUAUUUUUGGAGAAUAUUUACUCUUCGCAUCACUUUGAAAUAGCAUUGUCCAGUAAAAAUGCUAUUUGAAGACCAUAUAUUAUGAUUUUUUUGCUUUUCAGUUGUGUAAUCUCAUUCCAGGUUAGACACUAAAGCUCAUUAUGCAUAGUUCUGUUUAUUUAAAAAUGCUUGUACCAUAUUGUAACUGGCUUUAGACAACCUGUUUCUUGGAAACGAGCUUUUGUUAGGAUUUCAUUUUAAUAGGAUUACUUUUCUUGUCAGUGGCUGUUCUUUGUACAGCAUGGGUUUGGAUUUUCCAUACAAACACGUUAGUUUCAUAUAUAGCUACAGUACUUUGUUAUUUACAUUAUCUAUCUAAUUCAGAAUUGUAUAACUUAGCUCAUCUAAUUUGUAACGGCCAUGGUGAGAUUUUCAUCUUCCACUUGGUAGUUAUAUUUUGCACCACGUAGGAUUUGUUAACCUGCUGAGAUUUGAGUUGAUAUACAGACCUCAAAGUGCUUUAGCCAUAUUCUCCUGUCUCUGGUCUCUCAUUUUUUUUUUCAAGUGUGUAUGUAAACAUUUUAUAUUGGGGCUAUUUCAAGCUAGAUACUGUAAACUGUAAAACCUGUUAUUUUAAGUCUAUUGUAAUCUCUGUCUUGAUACAAAAGUACCAGCUUAUUCCUGUCAAAUAUUAUAUCCUAACUGAGUAAUGGCUGUGUAUAGUCUUCAAGGAUAUUUUGUACACUGGAUGGUUUCUUAGAUCCAGGGAAUUUUGGUUUAAACAAGUCGAAGCUUAGAUGUCAAUUAAAACACAUAUCGAUAACGUGAAAGUGAGACAUAAAGUUUUCAUUGAUGUUUAUUUAUUCUUUGUGAAGCAGGAGCUAUGAGAAUGAUGCUGUAAAAGAAACUUAUUUAUCUUUUGAUGGUAGCUCUGUGGUAAUGUUUUGUAUGAAGCGGUUUUAAGUAUCGCACAUUAGUAUUUAUUUUGUGUAUGAUAUUUUAAUAUUCUUGUCACUAGUUUUAAACUUACCGUGUUGUGUCAUAAUGUUAGUAUGUACUGAAAUUACUGUUUGAAGAAAAUGCAGAUUAGGUUGCAAAUGGCAGUGUUAAGUGGUUCGGAGAUGUACAGUACAUAAUGAUAUUAAGAGACACAUUGUAAUAUAUGUAUAAAAAAGCUGUAGGAUCUUGUCCAAGUCAUGAUAUACUUUUGAAUUUAAUAAAGAAGGAAAGCUUUAUUAGCAGGA